UCGCGCCUUUGUUAUAAGUGGCCUUGAUGACUUGGUAAUAGACAGUGUUUUCUUGGUACUCACUAUAGUCACGUGGGUGACUCCAAACUAUAACAGCCCGAAACGCAACUACUUGAUAAAGACCUUGACAGAUAGCAAUAGACCAAUCGGACAUGUCCGAAGCGGAUGUGCGUAAUUUGAAAAAGACGUUUAUCCACUCUGAUACACACGAGUUGUGUUGAGCAGACUGGCGGUAUGACUCAGUCUAACGGUCUCCUGUCGCCAUCUAAAAGAGAAAGAUAUGCGGCUAGCAACACUCAUCGUCAUCAUACGUUAUUAAGUAUGACUCAGAAAACGUCGAGCGAGCUUUUCAAAGAAGUCCUAUCACCAGAGAUUCUACUUGGAAAACUCCCAAAUGUGGUAGAAAAUGCUCCGGAACCGAAUUCUCCCUAUAAACCAACGUGUAGUAUUCGUGAAGAGCAUGGUCGACCUAUUUACGGUGUUGCCUUUAAUUCGGACAAUCGGAGUCAACCAUCUGAUCCGCUUUAUUUCGCUACAGUUUCUGGUCACUAUGUUACAGUGUACCAGUGUCACUUGAAGGACGACGUUGAAGAUGCUUCAAGUGAGGAUUCUUCGACACUGGAGCCUGUCAGUACAUUGUUGACUUUCGCUGAUCCAGCUGGUGAUGAGGAAGAGUUUUAUUGCUGUGCUUGGUCACGUGAUACAAGUGAGAGGUCUGUGUUUAACUCGUGGGGAGGUUGCAGUGAGAGUCAUCGACCUCGCCCGACUCCUCAUCAAGGUGUAAAUGAUUUUUACAGUGGGUCAAUUAUCCCUCCGCACCAGCAGAUUAUCGCUGUGGCAGGGAAACGUGGCGUUAUCCGGAUUCUUUGCCCCAGUAUGCUAAGUUGUCUUGGUAGUCUCGUUGGCCAUGGAGGCUCUAUCAACGAGCUGAAAUUUCAUCCGAAACGUCUCUCCCUAUUGUUUUCCUUCAGUAAAGAUUACACUAUUCGUCUGUGGAAUGUUGCCACUAAUGUGUUAAUUUGUGUCUUUGGAGGAUCAGAAGGCCAUCGGGCUGAAGUGCUGCAUGGUGAUGUAUCCCUAUCCGGUAACCUCCUGUUGUCUGCAGGGAUGGAUCAUUAUAUAAAGAUCUGGCGACUUAACACUCCUGAACUGGCGAAUAGCAUCAGCGAAUCUUUUGACUAUCGUCUUCAUACAAAUACAAGGUUAGUUAGUGAUGUACAUACCCUAUUUUGGAGUGUUUCUAUGAUAACUUUCUCUGAAGUAGUUGGUUCGAAAAAGUUGAAUGUGUUCUUUCAUUUUGAAACGACGUCUUUUACACUAUGCGGUAGUUAUAGCCAUCGAAAUAUACUUAUUGUGCAUGAGAGACUUUUCUGUGAGAUACAAUUUCGGUUGGACAUACGCACCCUCGAACCUUUGACAGUAUACUUGUUAGCUUGGUUCGGACGAGUAUCUGGAGUUUUAGUUUUCCCUAGUAAGGUAGUCAUUCUUAACAUGACAAAUCAGUAUCGCAUAAACAAGCAGUGGAGAGAGUGAGAAGUCUGUUAGCGCAAACUAAGCACAUAGAGUAAAGGAAGGAAGACGUUUCCAGUGAACUGCAUGGCUUUUAAAAUAUUUCCCCAAGUGAUAUGAAUCAGGCCUGAGAUAAACUAAGGUAAGCUACUUGUUUAGUCUUUUUAUUCGUAGAGCUAUUCAGUGAGGAUCGAUUCAUUUGGUCUCCUGAUUACAUUUGUUAACUGUGUACAAUCAUCAUUUUCCUACGAGGUGUAUACAAGUAUACAGACUGGAAUAAAUAGUCGAUAAUCGCUUUAAGACUAGCUAGUGAUUGUUCUAGGUGUUGUGUCCAAAUAAGUAGGAUCACUGCGAUGGUGAACGUCGACUAAUCUUGUUGAUCCCGUAUACCUUAUUAUUCUGAAGAUGUCAUUGCACAAUGAAAGUGGUAUCCUGCAUAGUUGUGCAUAAAAUGAUAUGACACAUUGUUGAAGUCUACGCUUACUAAACUGUGAAGUUAUUUUAUCCUAUGGGAAGGAAUUACAUGUGAGACAAACAACGUGAGACGCAUUUGUUAAAUGCCAG